GAACUUGAGGAGAAACUCCGGGCUCAGCCAGAUUCCUCCUUGCUCGUGGAUAUCCUGCACAAGACAGUUCUUCACCCUCUGUGCACAAAAUAUCCCCCUUCCACCAAGUACAGAAGAUGCUUUCUCACCGAACUCAUCAAAAAGCAUGAAUCCAUGGGAACCGAGCCCCUGGAUGAGCUGUACGACACCCUGGCAGAUGUUCUAAACGAGGAAGAGUCUACUCGUUCUUACAAAAACUACUUACUGCCCACGGGAGAACACGUCACCCUUUCCGAGAGCAGGGCCAUUGUCUCCGGAGGCACCACGGGGCUCGUCACCUGGGACGCUGCUCUUCACCUCGCAGAGUGGGCGAUGGAGAACUCGGCGGUUUUCGGCAACAGGACCAUCUUGGAACUAGGGAGCGGGAUUGGUUUCACCGGAAUUGCAAUCUGUAAAACCUGCAGCCCCAGGACAUAUAUAUUUAGUGACUGCCACCCUGGGGUUCUCACACAGCUCACAGAAAACAUCCGCUUGAACGGCUUCAUCAUGGAGCCUGAAACCACUCCUCGUAUCCAAGUGGAGCCCCAAGGCCAGGAGGCGGAAGCAACGAAUUCCCCAAACCCAAACCUAAUUGUCACAGAGCUCGACUGGGGCUCAGUUACAGAAAAACAACUGCUGGAUCUUCAGCCCAUUGAUGUCAUCGUUGCAGCAGAUGUGGUGUAUGAUCCAGAAAUCAUUUUAGCCCUGACCGGUAUCCUACAAAAACUCUCCGCUUCCAGAACUGAUGGGAAACCUCCCGAGGUCUACGUUGCUUCCACCAUUCGGAAUCCAGACACACAUCGCCUGUUCCAGGCUGAGCUCGAUAAAGUUGGGAUCGGAUGGCAGGUUAUUCCAGCCAACAGCAGGGGUAUUUUUCUCCAAGAUGAGCAGCCAAACGUAACUAUUCUACAGCUAUUUAUAUAG